AUGUCGAAGAGUUCUGGAGGGGACAGAUGGCUUAGCGAGCUCGGCUACAAGCUGGGCCAGACGUUGGGCGAGGGGAGCUAUUCCAAGGUGCGGGUGGCCACUUCGGCCAAGUACAAAGGGCCGCUAGCCAUCAAGGUGGUAGACCGACGCCGGGCGCCCCCUGACUUUGUUCACAAGUUCCUCCCGCGAGAGCUCUCCAUCUUACGGACCAUACGCCACCCCAACAUUGUGCGGGUCUUUGAGUUCAUCGAGGUCUGCAACGGGAAGCUGUACAUAGUGAUGGAAGCCGCCUCCACCGACCUGUUACAGCUGGUGCAACAGCUGGGGAACCUGCCCUGCACCCCAGAAGCGCGGGACAUCUUCUCCCAGGUCGUGGGGGCCGUACGCUACCUGCAUGACCGCAACCUGGUGCACCGCGACCUCAAGUGUGAGAACGUGCUGCUCACCGCAGACACCCGCCGGGCGAAGCUGACCGACUUCGGCUUUGGCAGGGAAUCGCGUGGGUACCCGGACCUGAGCACCACCUACUGCGGAUCCGCGGCCUACGCCUCCCCUGAGGUGCUGCUGGGUAUUCCCUACGACCCCAAGAAGUACGACAUCUGGAGCUUGGGAGUCGUGCUGUACGUGAUGGUCACCGGCUGCAUGCCCUUUGAUGACACCCACAUCCACAGUAUGCCUCGACGCCAGAAGAAGGGGGUCUUCUAUCCAGACGGCAUUCCCACCUUGCCUGACCCCUGCAAAGUUUUGAUCGCCCAGCUGCUGCAGUUUAGUCCCGCCUCCCGACCAGGGGUGGGGCAAGUGGCCAAAAGCAGCUGGCUGAAAAGUGGACUCAUCAACAAAGAAACCCCUCCGAGGUAG